GUUCCAUUUCUCUUCUCCGGCUUUACGGUUGCCAGCCAGCCUUUCGCUUUCUUCUCUUUCUUGUCGCGGGGCUCUCCUUUUCGGCUGUUAUCCCAAAGUUGCUGCUGCUGCUGCUAAUCGGAAAACGGGUAGCAGAACGGUAUCGAGGCAAGCAAGAGGAAACUGCGGGGAUUGAUUGAUUGAUAAUUAGUCUGAGAUUUGAUCGGCCUUGCGUUGGUAGAAGAAGAAGAAGGUAGAGUGAUUGAUCGGCCGUCAGUGGAGUGAUGUUCGUAAAGAAGCUGGUGGAGAAGGCGGCUUCGAAUGUGUCGAAGAAGCCUUCAGGGGUGAACGGGAAAGGAUUGAAGGCCAAUGACAUAGAGCCACGCCUGAGUUUCCAUUAUGGCAUCCCUUCGGGAGCUAACAUCUUAGCUUCCCAUUCUCAUCCCUCCUCUUCUUGUCUUGCUGUUUCCACCAGAGAUGGAAGGAUUAAACUAUAUGGCAAAGAUAACACUCAAGCCCUGCUCCACUCACCGGAUGCUCUCCCCACCAAGUUUCUCAAGUUCGUUCAAACUGGGAGCACCCUGGUCCUUCUCAAUGUGACGUCCAGCAACCACAUUGAGGUUUGGGACGUGGAGAAAAGGCUAUUGUCCCAUAUCCAUGUCUUCCCAGGAGACAUUACCUCUUUUACUCCUCUCCGACACACUCCCUUCAUCUACGUUGGGGAUUCUGCUGGUAACGUAACUGUUUUGAAGCUCGAACCCGACUUGUGGCAUUUAACACGCAUGCAAUAUUCAAUACCUCUCUCUGCUGGUAAUCCAACUCAAGCGGCUUCUGUAGUAACCAUAUUGCCUGUACCAUCAGCAGAAACCAAGAGGCUUCUUGUUGUGUACCAAGAUGGCGUUAUCAUUCUGUGGGACAUUCAAGAAAGCCGGUCUAUCUUCACUACAGGCACAAGUACGUCUUUGCUGCCAUCACAGAAUCACCAUGAAGCAGUAAGGAAAGCAACUUGUGCAUGUUGGGGAUGCCCUUAUGGAAGUAAAGUCAUUGUUGGAUACAGUAACGGAGAGAUAUUCACUUGGAGCGUUCAAGCAUCUGUAACAGAAACACCUACUCCUUCCUCUAAGCUCAAUCUUGGCUACAAACUGGACAAAGUUGCUAUAGCAUCCCUCAAAUGGUUCCCUCAGUUAGAUGGCAAUAAUAAAGCGAGCCGCUUAUAUGUCAUGGGUGGUUCUUCUUCUGAGGUUGCACCAACAAGCUCAGUGCAGGUUGUGUUACUCAAUGAGCAUUCAGAGACGCGCACGAUCAAGUUGGGCCUUCAUUUGCCUGAGCCUUGCAUUGACAUGGAUAUCAUUUCCAGUAGCAAGCUGGUCUCUCUUGUCCUGCUUGGGAAAUCAGGCCAUGUUUAUGCAUAUGAUGAUGGUAUGAUUGAAAAGUAUCUGAUUCAGUCCCAAGCCAAAAUUUCAGUACCCUCUUCACCGAAGGAAGUCAUGGCCAAGUUGCCAUACAUCGAUUCCAGCAUUUCUGCAGCAAAAUUUGUCACAAACAACCCAUCUUUGCUGAAUUCGGCUGAUGAGGAUUAUGCUGUACUGGCUAGAAAUGUUCCAUCAGUACUUCCUUUUGAGGGAAAGCUAAAGGAGGGAAGUAACAUGAACUCAGUCCAUAAGUUUACUGGGUUUUCCAAGAUAAAGAACGUGUAUAUCACUGGACACAAGGACGGUGCCAUCAACUUCUGGGAUGUUUCUUGUCCACUUCCUAUCCCGGUCUUGUCUCUCACGCAACAGAGUGAAGAUGACUUAUCUUCUAGUGGAAUACCUGUGACAGCACUUUACUUUGAUGGAGAUUCUCGCCUUCUUAUAUCUGGGGAUCAGAGUGGAAUUGUUCGAGUUUUCAAGUUAAAACCGGAGCCUUAUGCAUCAGAGAACGGUUUCAUGUCCUUUCAAGGAAGCUCGCGGAAGGGAAAUAGUCAUGUCAUCCAGAGUCUCAAACUUAUUAAGGUUACUGGGGCCAUACUCUCCAUAACUGUAAGCCAUAGCUCGGGACGUGUGGCAGUUGGGUCUGACCAAGGAAACGUGUCAGUUAUUGACAUAGAAGGGCAAGUGCCAAACAUGCUUUAUCAACAACACAUUGCUAGUGAGCUCUCAGCUGGCAUCAUUUCUCUGAAAUUUGAAACGUGCAAUUUACAUGGGUUUGAGAAGAAGACGCUAGUGGUUGCAACGAGGGACUCCUCGGUUUUGGCUCUCGAUUGUGAUUCUGGAAACAUGUUGAGCACUGAAACUGUGCAUCCAAACAAACCAUCUAGAGCUCUGUACAUGGAGAUCUUGGAUGGACAGAGUGUUCAAGAUGACGAAACUGGUGCCAAAGAUGGUGCAUCGAAGCAACCUUCUGUGCUCAUGUGUUCUGAGAAAGCUGUGUAUGUGUACUCCCUAAAUCAUAUUGCUCAGGGAGUGAAAAAGGUUAUUUACAAGAAAAAGUUCAAUUCUUCAUCUUGUUUGUGGGCUUCAACGUUUUGGCUUGGUUCUGAUGUUGGCCUUGUACUGCUUUUAUCUUCUGGAAAACUAGAAAUAAGGUCAUUGCCAGAGCUAUCAUUGUUGAGGGAGUCCUCAAUCAGAGAUUUCUCCCAUUUUGAACAGAGAACCAACUACUCAAUCUCCUGUUCACUGGACGGAGAAAUUUUCCUGGUGAACGGCGAUCAGGAAAUUUUCGUCGUGUCAAUUAGUCUCCAGAAAGACAACUUCAGACUUGUAGACACUUUCAGCCAAGUUUACACCUAUGAUCCCAUGUCAUCGCUAGAAGGCCCUGCUGCAACUCUGCAGAAGGAGAAGAAAAAGGGCAUCUUCAGCUCAUUGAGUAAAAGUAAAUCGAAACAGGUUCCUGAUCAGAUGGAAACAGAAGACGCUAAAGAGAGUAUUGAGGAAUUAGCUGUGAUAUUCUCGUCAGCAAACUUUGCAUGUGAUGAUGAUCAUCAAGAGAUUAGGGAGCUCUGUUUUCAUUCUUUACUUCGUUCUCACGAUUCGUUAUUGGAUGAAGAUGACAUUGAGAUUGAUGACGAUCCAGUGGAGAAACCAGCUAAGGACCAGAACAUAAUGGCAGCUCUCAACAAGCAGAAGCUUGUAAUGGCAAGCAGAUUGCAGGCUUUUAAAGGCAAAGUUGUGAAAGAGAUAAACAAAAAGACACAUAACAGUAGCGUCAACAGCAAGGAAUUAGUCGAACAACAAGGUGACAACGGGGCAGGAGGAGGAGUUGAUCAAAUUAAGAAGAAAUAUGGUUUCUCUUCUUCCACCGAAACUAUGGGUGCUGCUAGAAUGGCAGAAAGCAAACUCCAAGACAACGUAAACAAGUUGCAGGGCAUAAACAUGAAAGCCGCAGCCAUGCAAGAUACUGCCAAGUCAUUCUCUUCCAUGGCGAAAGAGCUCCUGCGAUUGUCUGAAAAGAACGGCAAGACUGCCUCUUCUUCAUAAGCAUGAAAAACCUUGUUCCUUUUGUUUAUUGUUUCCUGGUUUCUUAUUGCAGUAUAUAUAUUGAAGUUCACAUCUGCAGGCAAUGUUUUUUCUUGGUCUGUCGAUGUUUGAUAGAAAUUGAAUGGGACAGUGUGGUUUAUACGUGUAUGUAUCGUCCCAACAUGGGAUGAAGAUUGAAGACUCUACAGUAUUACUACGUGACUGCAAAAGCUCACAACAAGUCUUAAUUCUGUUUCGAACUUCAAUUCAAUAACCAA